AUGUUUCCGUGCAAUCCACGUAAAAAAUGGACGUGGCGCUCACCCAAUGGCAAGGAACUCAAUGAAAUUGACUACAUACUCACAAACCAACCAAGAUACAUAAAAAAAUUUGAUAUAAUAAAAAAUUUAAACUUUAACACUGAUCACAGAAUGAUACGUUGUGUGUUAUCUUUAGAUUUGAAACCAAAAAGAAGGAAAAUAAAACCUGUUGUCUACACCAGAAAUUUACCAACGUUAUCAAAAGAUGAUGCUAGUUAUUGGGAAAACAAAUUUAUGAAAGCUGUUACUGCGUCUACCGUAGUUCAAAAUCAAUAUGAUAAAUUAGAAAUAGAAUUACAAAAGCUUAUGAAGCAGUUGCCACGUGAAAAGAAACAGCCAAUUAACUAUAUCAGCGAGGAAACAAAACACCUGUUAGAACAGAGGAAAGAAUUAUGUAAGAAGAAAAGAACAACUGAAAUCAAGUCUAAAAUAACAAGAUUAAGCAAAAAAAUUAAUAGGAAUAUCACUCACGAGAAAAAAUUGACACGCAAAAAAACUUUUGAAAAAUUUAUAACAAAAGCAAGGGUCCUACGCAAGGCUUACAGAGAGCUGAGCGAUAAGACAAAGUGGACAGUGAAUAUGAAAAAUAGACAGGGAACUAUGCAAUAUAGACGUCCAGAUAUUAUAAAGGAAGCAACUAACUUCUACGCGGAGCUCUACAAUACCGAUGAAGAGACGCGCCCUUCAGGAUUUUACCUUAUGAAACCGAACGAACACAAUAUAGUAAAUAAGGACACAGAGACACCUAAUAUCCUUAUAUCAGAAAUCGAACACGCAAUAAGUACCCAAAAAAAUGAUAAAUCCCCCGGAAAAAUGAUUAAAACCUUACAAUUGAAAUUCGAAGAACAAUCAAAUGAGUUAAAAGAAAUGAAAGAAAGUAUUCCAACAAAAAUUAACAAAAAUAUUGAUGAAAAGUUCACUAUUAUAGAAACUAAACAAUUAGAAUUGGAAAAAAACACAGAAGCACAAGGACGCCGAAUUAAGCAACUAGAAAAGGUUAUCAGAAGGAAAAACUUGCUCUUUUUUGGAAUUGAAGAGACUGAAAAAAAUUAUUUCGAUCUACAAAAUAUACUGAUAAAUGUGAUAACAACCAAUAUGAAAUUAAAUUGCCGCCAGGAAGACAUAGAGUACUGUAGACGUCUGGGAAAGAAAUCUAAUAAAAUAAGACCAAUAAUUGUCACUUUCUGUACAGUCUGGAAAAAAAUAGAACUAUUGAAAAAUAAAAAAUCAUUACAAAACACCACAUACUACAUAAAAGAGGACUUUCCUCCUGAGAUCCUUGAAGAAAGAAAGAAAUUAAGCAUUCAGUUACGACAAGAAAGAGAAAAAGGAAGAAAAGCAUUCAUAAAAUAUAACAAAAUAAUAAUUCUACCUGAAAAAAAUAAGAAUGAAAAUCCGCAGCAUGACCGCAAGAAGAGAAACCUAUCUCAAUCGCCUGAAACCCAAACUAACCCUACUAAUGGAAGAAACAAUAAUUCCAAAAACAACCUAAGAAAAAUAAAU